AUGGCCGUCUUGUCCCGUUACCUGCCCUUCUCCGAGGCGACUACUACACUGCAAGCAGUGACGUACCUACUCGGAAUCUCUCUCUUCUCCAUUUCCUUUCUCGUUUUCCUCAACAGCAGCAUAUCGUUUGUCAUUACCGACUUAAUUGGCGUCAAGGACGGCGUGGGCGACAUCGUCGGUACCCUCGGCUUCGUCGAUGAGCUCGUCGCACUCUUCGCAUGUCCGGUUUGGGGCCUCGUCUCGGAUCGGCUCGGUGUAAGAUGGGUGGCUGUAAUCGGGUAUGCCAUCAUCGGCGCGGCCUUGAUGCUGUUCGUUCAGGCGCGCAACAUCUAUCCGCAGCUGCUUCUGGCGCGCAUCUUCUUCGCUCUCGGCGCGACUGCCGCGGCGACUAUGGUUACAGCGAUUUUGCCGUCUCUGACAGAUGAUAACGACAAGUCUGACGGCUCCGCGAAUGUCGCGAAGCCGGUCAAUAACCCCCGACACAGCAUCGCCAUGUCCCUCGAGUCCGACAUGACCAUCACCCCAGCGCGGUACCGCAUCGGAGGAAACGGACAAGCCGCAACAGGGAACGAUUUGGAUGAGGCGAAGGCUGGCAAACCGUCGGCUCUCGCAGGCUACGUCGGACUGUUCACGGGAUGCGGCGCGCUGGUUGCGCUCUCCCUGUUCCUGCCGCUUCCCGCUCGUUUCGGCGAAGUUGACGGCGUGACCCCGGGCAAGGCUGUCGAAGAGAGCUUUUAUGUCGUGGGAAUUGUCGCAUUCGUGGUGGCAAUCUUUGUCUUCUUUGGGCUGAGAAACCUAAAGGGCGAGGAAGGCAAGGGUUGGAACGUCUUGUUGGGACUCAAAGCGAACACGAGCUCAGAGGACGAUUCCAACGAAGAUGGAUCAGACCACCCGCACCGGCCGAAGGUUCUGCCUUACUUCCGUCUCCUCCGAGACUCUAUUACCCUGGGCUUCACCGAUUCCCAAAUUGCCCUCGGGUAUUUGGGUGGCUUCGUAGCCCGCGCCUCGACAGUUGCAAUUUCCCUUUUCCUUCCUCUGUACAUUAACACCUUCUUCAUCGGCAACGGCUUUUGCCAUGGAUCUCCGAAUGAUCCAAACCCCGAACUGAAGAAGGAGUGCAGAGCGGCCUAUCUCCUGGCAUCUAUCCUAUCAGGCGUGGCGCAGCUACUUGGUCUUUUCGCGGCCCCUGUUUUCGGCUACCUUAACAGAAGGCGUGGCCGCUUCAAUGUCCCCAUCAUCAUCGCUACCACUUUCGGAAUCGUCGGUUACAUCGCCUUCCCUCAGCUACCCAGCCCGGAAUACAAGGACGUCGACGGUCGAGGUGGCAGCCCUGUUGUCUUCCUUAUUGUAAUACUCAUCGGCGUUAGCCAGAUUGGAGCGAUCGUCUGCAGUCUGGGCUCCCUCGGCCGCGGCGUGCUGACCGCUGAUAUUCCCAAGUCUCAGCAGAUUGACACAGUUGAGGACUCCGCGGAAGCUAUGGAAACGCCCACAGAAGCUGCGCCACUACUGCAACACAAUGCCAGCGUGGACGCCGUGUCGCGAGUGCGACUCAAGGGCUCCAUCGCCGGUAUGUACUCCUGGUUCGGCGGGGCUGCAAUCUUGCUUCUCACCAAGCUGGGCGGCUUCAUGUUCGAUGCCGUAUCCAACGGUGCGCCGUUCUACAUGAUGGCGUCCUUCAACGCCAUCCUUCUCCUUGCUAGCUUGGGCAUUGAUGCUGCUCGUCUUUACAGAGACAGACAGUAA